AUGGCGCACUUUGAUGAAACGAGUGGUGUCGUAGCAUGUAUUACAGAUUGGGGCCAGUGGUGGCAGACGGUAAGUGAUGUGACAGUUUUAGUGUCAGUACCUCUUGGGACCGUUGUUAAGGAUGUAAAAUGUACAAUAAAGCCGAACCUUGUCAAAUUAUCCUUGAAAAAUGAAACUAUAUUUGAGGGCCAACCUUAUGCCACAAUUCAGCCAGAUAAUUCUCUUUGGACUUUGGAAGACAAUAAUUUGGUAAGAAUUUGCCUAGAGAAGAAUGAGAAGGGGGCAUCUAAAUGUUGGUCUAGUCUGUUGAUAGGUCAGUAUGCAACUGAUGCAUGGCUCUUUGAUCAGAUGCAGAAGAAACUUACAUUACAAAGAUAUCAACUGGAGAAUCCUGGUAUGAACUUCAGUGGUGCAGAAAUUUCAGGAAAUUAUCAGUCAGGAGGUCCUGAGUUGCCUUCAUAA